AUGUUAUUAAUAAUAAUCACAACAGAUAUUGGGAGAAAUUUUCUAAUUGAAUUAUUUAAUAAUGAAGAAACAUUGACAUAUAUUCGUCAAUUUACACAAUUCAUUAAUAAAUUAAAUUAUUUCAAAUUACAACAUGACCAAUGGACAUAUUAUUACCAUCUUGGUAUGACCAAAGAAGGUCUAUUCUGUGGAAGAGAUGAACGUCAAACAAGAUAUGCAUUGGUUCCAUGCGGUGAUCUUUUUUGUUCAUGUUGUCUUCCAGUACAUACUUACAAGAAAAGUCAACUAUCGCCUAUCGUUGAUUUUACUUCAAGUUCAAUGCAUCGAUUUUUCAAUGGUUAUACUACCUAUCUCAAUUGUCCAGCAACAUGUACUACAUCGAAUGUAGUCUAUGCCAUGACAUGUCCAUGUGGUCAUUAUGAUUAUGUCGAUUCAACAGCAAAAACAUUGGUGAAUGCGAUGGCUUAUCAUCGACAACAUGGCAAUCGAAUUAUACAUGAAAAAUUGACUGGUAGCCCUCUCUUUCGAGGAUCAUUACUUGAUCCUACCGAGCAAGAGUAA